AUGCUGGUAAAAAGAAUUUUAGGAGGACUAUAUUUGUCAUCAAUUGAUCCUAUUUUCAAGGAGAUAGAUUUGAAAUCCGAAUAUGGCAUUACUCAUAUAUUAUCUGUUGUUCCUGGAACCAUGAAGGAAUCCUAUUUUUCUGAUUAUGAAUGGAAACAGAUUGAAAUAACGGAUGAAGAAACUACAAAUGUGAUUCAGUAUUUUCCAGAGAGCUAUGCUUUUAUUGAAUCUGCCCUUUUCCAAAAUUCCAACGAUAAAAAGCAUCAAAGUUGUGUACUAGUGCACUGUUCCCAAGGUGUCUCUAGAUCAGCAACAUUUAUAAUAGCCUAUUUGAUGCAAAAAUAUCAUUUGAGCAUAGACCAGGCUUUGCACGCUGUAAAAAGAAAGUGUCCUGGUGCUGAACCAAAUCCUGGGUUCAUGAAUCAGUUGAAACUAUACAACGAAAUGGGGUUUAAGAUAGAUGAAAGUAACCAGAAGUACAAUGAAAUAUUGAAGAGCAACUCUUUGAAAACUGAUCCAACAGGACGAAGCUUAAGAGACAUGAUAAUGGAAAAAAGUGGCUCACCUAAGGAAGUAAAAGAAGAGCUGCUAUACGAACUUCGUUGUAAAAGAUGUCGUCAAAUACUAGCUAGUAGUGUGCAUAUCGAAAAUCAUGAUAUCCCUGAGUCAGACUCCCGUCAAUCAAGUUUUAUCAAGACAGCUCCUAAUUCGAGAAGAAUAAUAUCUGUUGAACGGGCUAGUCUGGUUUGCUCUCAUUAUUUUUUCAAAGAGCCAGUGAAAUGGAUGAAACAAGAAUUAGAUAAAGCUGAAAUGGAAGGGAAGUUCCAGUGCCCUAAAUGCUCCUCUAAGGUUGGGGGCUACAGUUGGAGAGGCUCUAGAUGUUCGUGUGGAAAGUGGAUGGUUCCAGCUAUUCAUUUACAGGAAGCAAAAGUAGAUUAUAUAAAGAGAGAAAGCACUCUUCGUAAUUAG